CCUAAAGCUCACAGCUCAGUUUGACAGUGACGGUGUGGUCGGCUCUCUGUUCGUCUGCAGUGUCACUAUACAAAGACUAAGCUUUCAAACAUCCAGUUGACGAUAACGUCAAACAGCGAGGCUCAAAGCUUCUUUUCAGGAAUUUUUUUUGUAGUUUAACUUAAACUUUACCGCCAUCAUGUUCGAGGCACGACUGGUUCAGGGCUCCAUCCUGAAGAAGGUGCUGGAAGCACUGAAAGAUCUGAUCACGGAAGCCUGCUGGGACGUCAGCUCCUCCGGUGUUUCCCUGCAGAGCAUGGACUCCUCUCACGUCUCCCUGGUCCAGCUCACCCUCAGGCACGAUGGCUUCGACUCGUACCGCUGCGACAGAAACAUCGCCAUGGGAGUCAACUUGAGCAGUAUGUCCAAAAUCCUGAAGUGUGCUGGAAACGAGGACAUCAUCACCCUGAGAGCUGAAGACAAUGCGGACACACUGGCACUGGUGUUUGAGACAAUCAACCAGGAGAAAGUCUCUGAUUAUGAGAUGAAGUUGAUGGACCUUGACGUAGAGCAACUGGGUAUUCCAGAGCAGGAAUACAGCUGUGUGGUGAAAAUGCCCUCUGGAGAGUUUGCCCGAAUCUGCAGAGACUUGUCACAGAUCGGUGAUGCCGUCAUGAUCUCCUGUGCUAAAGAUGGAGUCAAGUUCUCGGCCUCAGGGGAGCUGGGAACAGGAAACAUCAAGUUGUCACAGACCAGCAAUGUGGACAAGGAAGAGGAGGCGGUCACUAUUGAGAUGAACGAACCAGUCCAACUCAUCUUUGCUCUCAACUACUUGAACUUCUUCACCAAGGCCACACCGCUGUCCAAGACUGUCACUCUCAGCAUGUCUGCUGACAUUCCCCUAGUGGUGGAGUACAAGAUUGCCGACAUGGGACACGUCAAGUACUACCUGGCGCCUAAGAUCGACGAGGAGGCUGCCUAAGUGGCCGUACCAUCCCCAAAAGGGAGAAUAGACAGAAGCAAUCGACUGGGAGUGUUCCUGAGUGAUGGAAGGGCUGAAGGAAGUUAAACCUAAUGAUCUUCAGCCUAGUUGUCAAAGUUUCCACCUCUGUUCAGCCGUCAUGUCUGUGUCUAUUUGUCCUAAUUUGGGAAAUGAAGUUCAGCAUCCCGUUAUGUUUUGUAGAUAACACAUUUAUUUGUAAAUACUCUCUAUUGUUUUGGGCUUGCACUCAGUUUUCGGUUGUUUUGUAUUCAUUAAAUCAGUUUGGAAAUGAA